CUAGUAUUUCGUGGUUGAACCGCCGAUACAAUACGGUUUCAUGGAGACUGCUUCUAUCACGAGAGAAUGACCACACGAGAGAGACCGAAAAGAGGAUGAUAUGCUAGCAAACACAAAAACCAAAUCAAAAUAGAGAGUCACCGACGGCAAGAGAGACCAAGAAUCAUCGGCUAGAAAGAUUGAGAAAAUCCUAUUACAAAGCUUCCGAUCACAAAUAUAUCGAUAAAAUGGAGAAAAGGACAAAGAGAGAGGUGCUGAAGAUUAAACUCUGAAAAGAAAUUCGAAGAGAACAGAAGCGGAAUCUAUCGUUCUUAUUGCUAGGACCACCCGCUAAAAUUCUAAAAUCCCAAAGUGCCGCCACCCAAAAUGUACAGAUAUUAAACCGUUAGAUGAUUAGGAACCGGAGGGCCAUAAUAAAUCUGGUAACGCUAUAAAGUUAUAUACUCAAUUUAGUCAUUGAUACAUUGGUAUUUUCCACCCAAUAGAUUCCUAAAUGUGCUCAUUCUAGUUUAUGUGUAUGUCAUUCUGCCAAAACAGAGAAUAGUCUCUUUCUCUUGUAGUCCAAUUGUUGUAGGACAAACUUCUAAAAUCAAUAGAAUUCACAAGUCUCCCUUUCCCUACUAGUAAAUAUCCCCUUGAUGCAAGCUAAGCCCUAGGUUAUGUCCAAAUUACCAAUAUUUUGGUACCAACUACCGAUAUACAAAUGGAGAGUCUAGAAAGGAAGGAUCACUUGUUAUCUUGUAGCUUACUAGCUAGUGGCAAGUCAUUUUAUAUGAGGAGAAAUGGUAUUGAAUGGAAUGGGGUAGGUCAAAUUUAAUGCCAAGCCAUUUUGGUAUGAAAGGGAAUGAGGUUGAAUGGAAUGAGGUAGGUUUUCGCGGUGAUCGUAAAAUCGUAUUGGAAGUUGUACUAGAUAAGUAAGCGGUAACGUAUUUUAUGAUGAAAUCGUGGCUUAUUCAAUUUAUAGUGAUAAAAUUCUAUACCAAUUUAGGCUCCAUUAUCUAGUUUUCUGGUCGGACCAACGAUACAGUGCAACAAACACCGAUAGAAAACCAAUGUUUGCAAAGCCCUACCAUAUUGACGUUCCGCCCAGAGAAAUCGACUAUCGAAACCCAAACCGGUAGGUGGUUAAGCGGUUUCAGCGAUAUGAAAUGGAUAAACCAAGAUUUCAUAACAAAAUACCACACCAUUGAUUUUUAGAUAAGGAUGCAAACCUCACGUUUAGCCUUAUGAAAUCGAUAUUGGCUAAGGAAGCUUCCAACCAAUACCAUUGCUAUUGUUGUGGGAUUUCAACUUCACACAUCUAUUAAAAUAUUGUCAUCCAGCCAGGCAUAACCAUCAGAUUAAAUAACCUCUCAUUUUCUAUAAGUUAUCUUGUUCGACAUCAAAGCUUGAAUAAACUAUGUAAGUUGUCCAGAAGAAACCUCUCAAUCAAUGUAGCUGUUCAUUUGUCUUGUCUUAUAAAAUUAUUGAUCAACAUAAUAAACAAUACUUAUUGUGUGCGUCAAAUUCAACAUAAUAAUAGUAGUAGUCCAUGGCAGAUUGGUGUUUCAAUUUUACUCACUUCCGGCAAAAAUUGUAUUCUCUCUUUCCCUUAUCCCAUUUGGUGAUCGUGUAAAGAAAUUAAUAUAGUAUAAGUACACUUAACCUUGGUUUCAACUAUUAGAGUUAUUGGAAAAAUGGUUUAUGAUACGAAAUUAGAAUCGAGUUGGCCAAGUGUAUAGUUUGUUCGAAUCUUGACAUCCCAUAAUACUACCAGUUCCUUUAAACGCAAGGUAUGAUAUUGGACAAGUGUAUCGUGGUGGGCAUCUGUUGAUCCAGUCCAAAACCAAAUCGAAUCGGUCCCAAUUCAAUUUCGGUUCAAUUUUUUUUUCUUCAUAUUUAAAAUAAUUUAUAGGAUCAAAACUGAAAUGAAAUAUAUUUGAUCCAAUUCGAUCCAAAUCUCAAUUUGAUCUGGUGUGGAUCGAAUCGUUGUCCAGCCCUACUUGUACAAAUUUCAAGUCCAUAAGUUGUCUUAUUGAGAGACCAAACGAAUUACGGUAGAUUAUCUAUAAAAUAAAACCACACAUAUAUAGAAUCUGUCUACACAGCAUAUCUUUUAAGUUAUGACUAAUGAGCAUGGACCCUUCACCAAAUCUUGCUCUCCAAUCCAUCUCAGCAAAAUCAAAAAUGGUUUGUGUAGAGUUUGCAAGCAAAUUCAAACUUGUUUCGUUUAUAGAAACAUUAUGGAACCAUCCUCCUUGUUACCUAAUCAAUCCUCUGCUUUGCAAUAAAUAAAUACUUAUACAAUAGUUGUCUUUAUCUAAUUUUUUAUUAUUAACUAAUCCAGAUUCAAUUCGAAUAAUUUCGCCAAUAUGUUAAUACAGACAGAUGUUAUCACGGGCUUAUACUAUCAGAUACAUACAAGUAUACAACCUCGAUCACUAAUUCAUAAAACGUUAUCAUCAGAUAUAUAUUUAACGAGCCGGAGAAAUAAAUAUUAGCGUCACCGUGAAGCUGUAAGUCCAAAUGACCAAUCCACAAGAAAUGAACCUACAUUAGUAUUACCUUUCUCCGAAGUUACAAUAUGGCCAAAUGACUAAUCCACAAGAAAACAUCGAAUUUACCAACUACUAGCCUAUAGGAAUAGGAAGGUAAGCUAAUUAAUUUGGUUUACCAAUCUCUUUAGUCUUUCCUCCCCAGUUUUGUAUAUGUUAAUUAGCCGCCCCAACUGGCCGGCGAACAAUGAAUCAAGGCCGCCGGCGUAUCGGUACAAGAAAAUGUCCGGUGGUUUCCUUGAUGCACACAAUUAUACAAUUACAGAGUUUGAUUGUUACUCAUCUAAUUAAAUUAUAAAAGGACCAAUUAAAAUAUGGUAUGAGAAAAUGUUGAUGUUUUCGUCUUGACAUUUUGAUGCUUCAAAAUUGUUUGAUGAUGAGGGGCUUCGAAGUAUACGUUCAAGAGUAUUCUGACCGCGUGAAUGCUCAAGGAAACUCAUAGGAGCGGCUCAAUUCGUACAUAUAAAAACUCUGUCUAUGAUAGCAAAAGGGGUUUCUGGACGGUGCUAUAGAUUGUAAUGACUCGAACUCGAAAGCAUUCAUGUCAACCCUCAUCGUGUCUUAUUAUUUGAAAGAAUUCUUGAUCGCAAUGAUAGAUUGCACGUAAUCAAACCCGAAAACCGACUGUACCAGGUGUCAUUCCUCAUGUCUUACUACUUUGAUCAUCCUUAAUGGGGUUUUUUUUUUUGCUUUCUAAAUUUUGUAUUUUAUUACUCACCGUUUCUCCUACAAAAUUGAAGUACCUCCACCACAACAAAAUUGCAAUCCUCAACUUACAAUAAUGAACAAAAAAAUACAGGGUCAGCGUAGUAACAGGGUAGCCCACUUGAUGGCUCGAAAGACCCUCUCUUUGUACCCGAUUGCUAGUCGUUUCUUGGAUUUCCAGGUCUGCCUGCUCUCCAUGGUGUAACUAUCUUUUGUUUCAAUCAAUGAAGAUUAUCUUUUGUAAAAAAAAAAAAUAAUGAACAAAAAACAACCAUCUAGAAACACAAAACAGAACAAUCAUCUCAUUUUAAAAGAACAAUCAAAUUAUUAAAUUAACUUAAUCAAAUCGAAAUCCACAACCAUUAUAAAUAGUAAUACUCCCUUCCUUCUAAUUCCCCAUUUGUUUCCCCUUUCCCUCACAAUUACCUCUUCCGAUGGAUCCAAACCCAAUCUCCGUCACCUUCUCCGAUCUCUACACGGUGGCCGCCUUCUUCAUCAACCUCCUCCUCCUCAAACUCACCCUCCUCUCCCGGCGGCCGCGGCCGCCCCCCGCCGCCACCGCCCUAUGCAAUCGAGCCCAAUCAAUCGAGGACACGUGUCCCUCCUCCAAAUUUGCCGCCGGCACCGCCGGCGGCGACGAGUGCGCGGUGUGCUUGAGCGAUUUCGCGGCCGGAGAAGCCGUGAGGGAGUUGGGCUGCGGCCACACGUUUCACAGGGACUGCGUCGACAGGUGGCUGCUCGCCGCCGGCAAGGUGACGUGUCCCCUCUGCCGGAGCAACGUGAUUCUUCUUCCCCCGGCGGUUGUCGCCGUCGUCGACGACGACGAUUGGGGCAGCCAGCAGUUGGCUCUGUUGCUGUCCAAACUGCGCGGUGGAAACGUGACUUGAAUUAAAUUUGUACGGUUUUCAGACCGGCGAAAUUAGUUAAUUAAUUAGCGUAUUUUUAAUCGGUAGGAAGAAAUUAAAGAGGAGAUUCCGAUUUGCGUAUCAUGCGGUGGUUGGUUGUUUUGUGUGCAUAAUGAUUCAGAAGACACUUUCCAUUUCUUCAUUUCUUGUGGUUCAUUUUUUUUUUCUUUCUUGUUGGCUGACCACAUAAUUAGCUUUGUGUUAAUCGGAUGUCACAAAAUUCGACCCGAGUCGAAUUCCAAUGUUGAGGCCUAGUGAGAUCGAAAAAUCGGACGUGACUUGCUUCUAAGUUGUCGUUCGGUUCGAAAUGAACCGAAACGAAUUUUCGAACCGAACUGCACGAAUCAGACUCAACCCAUUCUUAUCUUGAAAGCCCAGCCCAGUGACCAGCCCAAGCCCACUCCCCUAACCAUGAUCCCUUUCUCUUGACCCACUCUUAAGGUUUGUGAUGUUUGGCGGAUGGAGCUCAAAUUAUGAACUAGAGAAAUUUCAUGUUUCAUGUUAUACCUAGCUAUAAUUAAGGGUUUGCAACGGUUCGGUCCAGUUGGGGUUCGAUAGUGAAAGACAUCGUAGGACCAAGGACCGGACCAUCAUUAUACAUUUGGUCCCGUCCAAAUUGUAAUUCGGUCCAAGUCAGAGACUCCUCGUCACCAGAGGCAAGCCCUUGCACAGGAAGUCCUAAAGUUAUUUGAAUGUCGCUAGUCCGGAAUGGAUUCUCUUUCUUCCCUCAGCGCACUCCAAGACUUUUGAAGAGGAGUUCAUCUGCUGCUCAUUCACCAUCAGGAGUUUUUUUUUAAAAACUGCUCUGUGAUAAUUUUUUCUUCGGUAAUUAUAAAAUUAAUGAAACCAAAAAUCAGGUCACAUUAUAUUUUGUUCGGUAUUGAUCCAAUCAAAGAAUCAGUGCUGGCCAGUAAGAUGGCGACAGCAGGCCAAGCAGUUAGCACCUAAUCCUUUUGUCGAGCAUAUUGGUGGUGGUGGGGGGAGACGACUCUUUUUAACUCAGCACCUAAUUGUGUCACUAAUCAAGUUGUUGUUGUCUUUCAAUAAUGUCAAAUCACUAUAAUAAAUAGUUUUAGGUUUUAGCUACUUCAUUUGAAACAAUCUUUUCUUCCUGUAGUAUUCGUCCACUUAACCAAACUAGCUCUGGUGACAUGUUAUAUACUAAUUGGUCUCUAUAACUCGAAUUGGUUGAACAAAGAACAAAUGUGAGUACAAUGUAGAUAAGAUAUGCUCGAGGUCAAUGUAGUCAAAAGCGCGUUUCUACGUAGAAGCGUUUUGGUGAUCUAGAAGCGUAAAAUCGUAAGUUUUUAAAGCGCAGUUUUUUACUACAUUGGUUAUAAAAACGGUGAUUAUGUGUAGAAGCAUACGUGUUGUUGACCCUUUAAAAAAUGCGAUUUCCGACUAUAUUGCUCGAGAUACGAUACACGAUCAAAGAUCGAAACUUUGAAGAUGCAUAUAUAUAUGUUGAAAACAACUAUAAGUGGCAAGUUUGGGAGUGUAAGACAAAAGGAAAAAAGGUGUAUCUAUCCUUCACCAAAGUCAUCACUGAUAACCUUCUUUUUUAUAAUUUAUAUUUGCAGUGGUAGGGUUUUAAGUAUAACUAAUAACUAGUAAAAGUCCACCUUAGUAGAGUAGCAUUCAAGUUUGCUAACAAAAUCGCUAAUAGUUACCUCUCCCUGGCUCCAUUAUUGGAUGUGUACACAUCAUUUUUCUCAAUAGAAAAAAGUACAGUGGGUGAAAAGAAAAAUAGUAGUAGUUAACCUAUCUAUUAUGACUUUUUCGGCCACUUCUCUGCCUGGAUACAUAUGGGACUCAAUUCAGUCUUAUGCGGCUGUUUUGCCUAAGAUUCCUACCAAUGGCCACUAACGUUUAAAACGUAACAAAAAAAAAAAGUCAUUCUGUGUCUUUCCAUAUGAAAUUUUCGAUUAGCUUAGUCAUGAUAAAAUGUAGGUUUAAGA